AUGGCUGCAGUCCACUUCUACCUCACAUGCAACCCAAAUGUCUACGACCGUCUUGCUGCGGAAAUCCGCACAACCUUCUCCUCCGGCGCCGAGAUCUGUAACGGUCACAAGCUGAAAUCCUGUGUGAUCGCACCAUCUUCGCUGGGCACACUGUGGCGCCAGCAGGACACGUCCACCCCGUCCAAUGCCAACAAGCCCUUCGUCGUUGACGGACAUCCGGAAGACUCGCCCCAGCUACGCACCAUGCGGCGUGCUCACGCGCCGUUUGCGGUAGGUGACCGUGGAUGUGCUGGAAAGUCGAUGGCAUAUCUCGAGAUCAGCCUCAUGUUGGCCAAAACUCUGUGGUAUUUCGACUUUGAACGCGCCUCUGGUGUGGCUGGGCAAGUGGGCUGUGGUGGAUAUGCAAACUUCAAGGGGGAGCAAGGUCGGCAGAGGGACGACGAGUUUCAGCUCUUUGAUAUGAUCACAGCCUCACACGAUGGGCCACUUCUUACUUUCAAGCCUCGAGGAGACUUGUGGAAGGAUCUGUGA